CGCCGCGAAUUGUAAACGUCCUGUUUGUCUGUAGAAGAACAUAGUUUUUGCACUUUAAAGAGCAGUAAAUUCUAGAUUAUCGAGACAAAAUGAGCACAGCUGCACCCCCGGAACCUCACUCCCCCACUUGUAACUCGACAGUAGCGGCCACUGACUUGAAAAAAGUGCUGAAAAGAACCCCAUUUUCAAAGUCUCGUAAGGUUCACUCAAAGUUCAAGUCACCUCUACAGGUCAGUGAGGUUGCUCCAGUCAGCCCUGAAGAGGAGCUGGCAGAGCUGGAGAGGAAGCAGGAGCAGCUGGGUGCAGAGAUCUCACAGCUUGAAGCUGAAGGGUAUCGAGUUGAAGAGCUGGAUCAUCAUAUUGAUAUGCUGCACGAGUACAACGAUAUCAAAGACAUUGGCCAGUCUCUCCUCGGUAGAAUCGCAAUUGCAGUGAGAAUUUUAAAUCCAGACAUGGUGCAUCAAAUAGGAGAUCAGUGGUGCUGCAAAGUUGUGGGACACCUGUGUUCAAUUGUAUGCCGUUCUCAGGGGAACCACCACACGAGAACUCUAUCACCACUUUGGCCUGGAACUCGAGGACUGAGGCGAAAAUUGACAGAUGUAAUUGACAUUGUUAGGUGUUCAUUUUUUAAACAGGAAAUCUGCCUCUUCACAGGAUAUUUCAUCAAUAACAUAGACCUCUGCCAUUCAAGGUAGAGCUGCAAUGACUAUGCUGCAAAAACUCAGUCUUACCAAGUUUGUCAAGUCUUCAUUUUUUGUCAAAAUAUUUUAGCCCACUUUGAUUUCAAGGUUAAAUAAGUGAUUAAAAUCUGCCAAUAGAACGAGAGG